UUGGGAGCCCGCUAAAUUGUAAAAGGUAUUUUUUUCCUCUCCCUUUUUUAAUUACAAAGUAAAAAUUAUUUUCUGGGAAGAAUGCUCAGUCACUCUCUCCAUGAUCCUGUGCUCAUCUCUCUCAAAACUGGCUACCAAGGAAUAUUCAGUAAUUCGCACAGUCCUAUGGUCAUUUGUCUAAACCCCGACAACCAUUUUUCUGCCUUGGAAUUCUUUCACUUUUGGGAAAAGUGAAUCUCUAUUUCGUUGAUGAUCUGCCCCAACUUUCGUCUCCUCUAAUCAUCUUCGGCGCUUCCAAUCAUUUAUGGUGUCUCCGAAGUCAUUGUUCGGCUCUGCCUUAUCGUCUACUACUACGUUCUUAGACACCCCAAAGACGAACAACCAAAACCACAUCUCCUCCCUGAAAUUGAUGUUUCUCCUCGCCACUCCAUAGACAGCUCACUGAAGUUCUUUUCCUGAGACACACACACUCAUACCUCUCGACUUCUCCUCAUCAGUCCCCAAACAGUUCAGACUUCAGAUCUUUGGAUGAAAUGGCCUCCCCCAAUGUUUUCGAUUUAUACCAGACUCAGGAGGAGGAGGAGGUUCCCUUGGUCCGACGGAGGAAAUCGGCCAAGAGACACGACGGCGAACGGCGAAUCUAGCCAAGCACCCUCGGCCAAGAAGGGUAGAGCAGCUGAUCCUUCCAAGGAUGGGCCCUCUGGGCAACCUUCUACUCAACCACCUACCCCUGCUGAGAAGGAGGUCCCACCUGCCGCCACAAACCCUUCGCCUACGGCUCAAAAAGAACACGCCCAGCAAGUCGAACUUCCUGGGGCCAGACUCUCGAGCCGUUCCCUGCGAUCAGCUAAAGAUUGUCUUGCUCAUAUCCUGAAGCAUGACCGUUGCAGGGAGGCAAUGGCUGAGGCUGAGAACAUGGGGGUCGACCAGAUCCUCAACAGGGCUCUUAACAAAGUAGCCAGUGCCAUGCUGACAAUGAUCGUUGCUCGUACUCGCGCUAGCGCUAGCAUCGAGCAGUCUCGGGCGAAGGUCAUCGAGGAGCUUCAAGCCGCAGUGGCUAGGCAUGCUGGGGAGUUAGAGGUGGUCAUCCAACAGAAGGAUGCCCUGGUGGCAGAACUGGCAGAGAAGCAAGCUUCUCAGGAAACUCUCAGGAAGCAAAGGGAUGACUACCUGGAGUCCAACUGAAUCCAAUGGUGUGAAGUCAAGAAACUUAGGGAGGACCAUCUCGCUAAGGACGCGACCAUUGCUGUUCUUAAAAGCCAGGUAAAGCAGCUUAAGCUCACCAAUGCCAAGGACCUGGAGAGGUAUAAGAACGCGACACUUCGGUGUUUCUACGAUUUUUGGAAACACAACCAAAGUGCCGAUUUUAGUUACCUUCCAGAAGACACUAGGAAGGUCGAGCUAGCUCGCUGCACUGCUCGGUUAGCUGCCGAAGAGAGAGCUAGGGUCCCUGCUUCCCCAAGCAUUCAGCCAGCCGCCGAAGUGGAGGGAGGAGAAGCUGGAGGGGAUGUGGUCGAUCAAAAUGCUCCAACGGAUCCUCCUGCUCCUCAAGCUCCUUAGAGUUUUUUGUUUUUUGCUUUUCUUUAAUUACAUGACCUACUGGUCGUGAUGUAAAGACUAUGAUUUCUUUUUUAAUUUUGCUGCAUGGGCAGCAUAUUUUCCUUUUACUUUGAACAAUUACAUCCAACCAGUUGUGCUUGCGGUGUAAAAGAAUUCCCUUUGAUAUUAUAAUAUUUCUGCUUAUUAUAACAUCUGUUCACAUGACUGAACUUAGCAUAGUACUUUGGCUUGAUUUAACAAAAUAUAAAUUUUGAAAAACACUCUAAGUACCGUUGCAUGCUUUCACUUAUUUUGUUCAUGUGUUUACAUACCUCUUGGUAUGCUUUGCUAUCGAUGUACCUUAUAUGCCCCCCAAGUGACUGAGGAGCAUUAGGUCCUUGGUCACUUGCCUUGACCACGACCUGUUCGAACAUUACUGCUCGGUAUAAAAUGCAAUACUUAUAAUACAGCAAAACAACACACGUAAUGAACAGAUACUUGUUAAAUAAAAGAUUUACAAAGGUUGGCAAGAAUGACUGGUUGCGCACAGUCCCUUAUAAUUCUCAUAUUAAAAUGGACUAAACAUGUCUUUACGAGUGAUCUUUUAAAAAGAUCUUACACUUAUAAGCGAUCAGUCAUACAACAUGACUAACCCUUUUUCAAAACUUGUAAA